AUUAUAGUUAGUUUAGCCGUGGGAGCAAUUUCAAGUUUAGUUUAUGUCGUACGAAGGAAGAGGCAGUUUGCAGAUUUGCAAGAAGAUUGGGAGCUUGACUAUGGGGCUCACAGGUUCACAUACAAAGAUCUUUAUAUGGCCACAGGUGGAUUUAGGGAAAAAGAGCUAUUGGGAAGUGGUGGAUUUGGUAGAGUCUAUAGAGGGAUACUACCUACUUCAAAAAUUGAGAUUGCAGUGAAAAGGGUUUCCCAUGAAUCAAGGCAGGGCAUGAGAGAAUUUGUAGCAGAAAUUGUGAGCAUUGGUCGGCUUCGCCACAGGAAUUUAGUUCCGCUAUUGGGCAAUUUCCGGCGCAAGGAAGAGCUGCUUUUGGUGUACGAAUGCAUGCCCAAUGGAAGGCUGGACAAGUACCUAUUUGGCCAACCAAAAGUCACCCUUGGCUGGAGCCAGAGAUUUCGAGCGGUAAAAGGUGUAGCAACGGGGCUGUUUUAUCUAUACGAACAAUGGGAACAAGUAGUUGUUCAUAGAGAUGUUAAGUCAAGUAAUGUCUUGCUCGAUGGUGAGCUGAAUGGUAGAUUAGGAGACUUCGGCCUUGCAAGAUUAUAUGACCAUGGAACAGAUCCUCAUACUACCCAUCUGGCAGGAACUAUCGGGUAUCUUGCGCCAGAAAAUUUUAGAGGCGGCAAGGCCACAACAAGCACUGAUGUGUUUGCUUUCGGGGCCUUUUUGCUUGAGGUUGCUUGUGGAAGAAGACCAAUAGAACAAAAUAGGCCAACAGAGGAUGUGCUUUUGGUUAAUUGGGUAUUUUCUCAUUGGAAACGAGGCGAUAUUCUUGAGGCAAGGGAUCCAAAUUUGGGGGAAGAGUAUGUGGCAGAGGAAGCAGAACUGGUAUUGAAACUUGGGUUGUUAUGCUCUCAUUCGGCACUCGCAGCUAGGCCUAGCAUGCGCCAAAUCGUGUAGUACUUGGAGGGCGAUGUUCCUCCUCGUCCAGAGUUUU